UUAAUUGUCAAUGAGGAUAAGGUAAAAAGGUUUUUACAUAAGUAUACUCUAGGUGGGAAGUGCAUAUUACUAUGAAUAAGGAAAUAAAUAUGGUGAAUAUUCUUUCUUUCACUUUGAUAGUGUAAAAAUGGUCAUUUAUUUGUAAUGCAUCUUUCUUUAAUUGUCUUUUCCAUACCAUUUGCAUUUCACCAUUGUAUUAACAUUAUAAUUUCCUUUGUCUACUUACAUAGAGAAGAUGACUUGGUUAAUUAUUUGUUUUGUGUAUAUAAGUUAGUUCUCAAUAUUUCUAGUGCAUGCAAAUGUGUCCAUUCAUAAUACUGAUCUAUGCGGUGGUUCUAUAGGUUGCAAACAACAAUAAUUAGGUUCAUCUCAUUUUUGCAUCACAGUAAUCUUUGUUGUCCAUGGUUAUUGGCUCUUAAUGCAACAUAUUGGAUUUAUUACUGAUUGUGAUCUUACUUUAUCUGGUACUAAAACAUCUUAUAGACCACUCCCAAGUUCCAUAUGCACCUAAAUAGAUGGAUCGUAACUUCAUGAAAUGCCAUAAUUGGAGAAGAUCUUGUCCUCAAGCAUUUUUGCAUCCUCCCCAAACCCAAGUCUGGAUUUCCUCCUCCAACUCCAUCAUCGUUAUCAUCAUCAUUGUGGUCGCCAUCAUGAUUGUCCCCACCAUCACCAUUUGAAAGACAACUACUUUCUCGGGCCUUUGUCUUCGCCUUCUUCUUCGUCUCCUUCUCCUUCAUCGGCAUAUAGAUGGGAAGGCAGUUCUGAGUUGAGGCGUUCCCAUUCUUCAAGUCACUGAAUCUUUAGUACAUUUUUCUUUCAGACUAUGUCUUUCCUUCACUAAAAAUCACAGGUAACAUUUCUUCCUUUUACUAUAAAGCUCGAAAAUCUAAUACCAAAAAAAACGCUAAGAACUAGAGAAGGAGAUGAGUAGCAAUCUAGCAUCUAGGUGUCCAUGGCAAUCUGGUAACGAGUUUGAAGGGCAAGCAAGUAAGCAUGGGAAUGGAGGAUGGCAACCCGUGGUUCGCAGGCAUGGUGGUAGAGGAGCUGGAACUUUAAGGGGGAAUACCAUUUACUCUAUGUUUGUGGACAACAUACCUAUAUCUAUGGGGCCAAAAGAGCUGUCUAAAAUCUUCUCAAAUUUUGGAGUUGUGUUGGAUGCGUAUAUCCCAAAUAAGAGAAGAAGAUCUACAGGAUCCAGAUUUGGCUUCAUCAGGUAUGAUUGUUCGGUAGCGAUUGAUGUGGCUCUACGAAAAGCUAAUGGCCUUUGGUGUGAUGACAAGGCGCUAAAGGUUAAAAUCUGUGUUCAAAAAGGAGGAGGGUACAAAACAAAGCAAGCCACAUCUAGUACAACAGAGGUGGGAUCAGGAAGGCAAUCACACUGUAUAUGACCAUUAUCAGGGGAGAAAGUCACAUGUUGAUGUGGUCCGAGAUAGGGUGCUUCAACCUAACUCAGUUUGCCCUAUUAAGGUACAGAAAGCCGGUGAUGGAUGGAUGAAUGAAAACGCAGUGGUCAGACUAAAUUCAACUACCUCAGUCGAAGCUUUUAAGGAGGAAUUACAGAGAAGAGGUCAUGGAGACGUCACUGUUCGAGUAGGCGGUGGCAGACAACUAGUUCUCUCCUUUCAAUCAGUGGAAGCUAUGAAGGAAAAGCUUUUGAUCAUGAAGGACUGGAUCACAGAUUGGUGUGAAUCGGUUGAAGAAUGGGAAUAUAGAAUGGUCUUGGAACAAGUGAGGUAGGUGUGGCUAAGCUGUUACGGUGUGCCAGUGGUCUUAUGGAACAACACAUUUUGCAGCAUAGGUAGAGAGUGGGAAGAGGUUAUGGAACUGGAUGCAGACACAGUUAACCUGAAUUCUUUCCAUUAUGGGAAGGUAAAGGUUGCAACAAGAUCCGUGGGAACCAUUAAUCACACAAUUAACCUAGAUUGUAAAGGUGUAAUUUAUCUAGUUAGGAUUUGUGAGGAACAAAUCAUAGUCAAUCAAAUAGUGAAAGAACAUUGUAUCUGCCAAUCUUUUAUGAGGAAUAAUGAAGACAGUUACAGCUCAGAAGAAGAAGAUGAGACUAUUGAAGAUCAAGGAAGCAAACAAGAGGAAGAAGAAGAUGAUGUGGCAUUACAGAUGGGUGAUGAGGUGGUUAAAGGUUGUGACGGGGAAGCAGGGGACAGGGUGGAUGCACAUGUUAAUAUGAAUGACAUGGAGGAGGAUGCCAGCUUGAAGGAAGUUUCGGUGGUAGAGGAGACAGAAAUGAUGGAGGGAAGGUCAGAGGUAGGCAUCGCACGUGAAACAGGCUCUGUAAAGGGGCAUCAGAGAAGGAUGGCGCACGCAAAGAGGGUAGCUAUAGAGUUGAUGAUGAGGUGGUCACAUCUGGGUUUAUCAAAAGCACAAGUGGGUCUGUAGGGAAGCAACAAGGAAUUAAUCUGGGGGUGGUGGAUUUAAAUAGGGCCCAUGUUGACACAAGUUGGGAUGGGUUGGCCCAAGGGGCUGAAAUACCAGAUACUUGGGCUGAUAAUAGCACUAAAUUUGGUUUUGAAUCUGUCCAUGGAGUGGGGCAGCCCAGCUCAGAGAAUAGAAGGGUGCCCAGCUCUCCGUCAGUUCCUAAAUCUGCUUCUGGUGUGGGGUAGCCCAGCUUAGUGAAUAAAAUGUUGACCAUCAGGAUUUCAUUUAUGAUCUCAGAGGCAUCAUGUAUUGUUUGGGAGGAAAUAGAUGCAAAGUCUUGGUGGGUGAUAAUAGGAAGAGCCAAAGACCUGAUCUGUUGGCCUGCUAUGCUCAGCAGUGGAGGAGUUCCUCUGGUUUUGGUGUUUGUACAAUCAGGGGGAGGCUAUCUAGUUUGUGCCUGCUAUGCUAAUUUGUGGAAUGGUGAACUGAUAUGGUGACUGCUAGGCUGUGCUAAUGAUAUAGAGGAGAUAUCUGCUAAACUGCCAUGGUGACUGCCAUGCUAAGCUGUGUUUUGUGCCUACUAUGCUAAGCUGAUAUUUUGUGCCUACUAUGCUAAGCUGUGCUAAUAUUUGUAGAUAUCUGUUUUUGUUGCUUGUCUUUUUUUUAUGUUUUCUAGUUGGUGGCUCACCAGCUUUGGGGGUGCUAGCAAAUGAUAGGAUGGGCUCUUUGGUGCUAAUAUAAUUGGGAUAAUUUAGCUCAUUGUGAUACUUUUGCACUCGCCUCUUUUUAUUGUUGUUUUGUUUGUACCUUGUACUUUGGUUCUCAUCAAUAAAGUUUUUUUUUUGCCGAUCAAAAAAAAAAAAAAAAAAUGGAGAACAUAGUGAUACAAAUUUGUUCAAAUUUUUGGACAAGUAUAUUGCAAAUGAUCAGGAAUCUUCUACGGUGAAUUUAUCUUGGGCAUAUUUUGAAAAGAUUGUGAAUUAAGGAGGGUAUUAGAAAAAGGUCAUCUACAAUUUGCUACAAUAUAAUUAAUCUAGGUGAAUGCAUGUAAGUAUUUAAUAUAGAUGUGUGGUGGUAUCUCAGCGGUUGUUUUGAAUAAGAGGAGUUCGGCGUUGGGUCGUCAAUAUAGGGACGGUGGAGUAGUACCUGCAGUGGGUCUUGUUGUCAUGAGUGUUGAUCGGCCUUGGGUGUGUUCAAAGUUUUGAACCACCGCGUCGGAGAGGUGUGGCCUUGGGUGUUGUCCGUGGGUGUAGUUGGGUGUUGGCAGUGUGUUGUCCGGCGUGGGCCUUCGCUGGGCAGUGGAAGUGAAGCAGCGUGUGGAGUGUAGCAGCGUGGGUGGUAAAGAUAUAGCAAUAGUAUAGCAGCUUGGAGAUGUCAGGCAUGGA